GAGGAGGAAGACUAGGAGGAAGAGGAGAAGAGAGGAAGACUAGGAGGAGAGGAAGACUAGGAGGAAGAGGAGAAGAGAGGAAGACUAGGAGGAGAGGAGGAGGAGGAGGAGGUGAUGAACAUUGUAAGUCGCCCACAUGCUCUGGAUGAGUUCCCGGCCCUGUGAAAGGCAUCCCGAGCAGCAGCAGGUGGGAAGAUGGCGGAGGAUCGUCCCCGCAGCAGGAGGUGGUGCUGAAACCUCAACUGGUGGACGUGUUGUUGGAUUUAUCUCCGGACAUCUUAUCUCAGAUCGUAGGACACAUGCAGGCCAAAAAACGGUACUUAACUCUGUUCUCCGCCGGCGCGUUUCUCAUCCUGUUGUUCUGUUUUGGGGGGAUACCUGUCCCGCUGUCCUCCAGACGGGGCCCAGGUCCCGGCCGGCGCGAUGAUGACCGCGGCCUCGCCGGUUCUCAUCCCGGGGCGCGGUGGCGUGGCUUCCCAGGAUCCCUGCAGCCCUUCAGCCGCUGGGACCAAGACAAUCACAAUGAACACAUAUCUCCCCGACAGAAGAGGGACGCCAACACAGGCGUGUACACCGGGAGACGCUGCAGGAUGGAGUCCUGCUUCGACUUCUCCCUGUGCCAGAGGAACGGAUUCAAAGUUUACGUGUACCCGCAGCAGAAAGGGGAGAAGAUGUCAGAGAGUUAUCAGAACAUAUUAUCCUCUAUUGAAGGAUCCAUGUUCUACACACCUGACCCGGGACAGGCCUGCCUGUUCGUCCUGAGUUUGGACACUCUGGACCGGGACCAGCUUUCACCCCAGUACGUGCACAACCUGAAAGCGAAAGUCCAGAACCUUCAUCUGUGGAACGGGGGCAAAAACCACAUCAUCUUCAACUUAUACUCCGGCACCUGGCCGGACUACACGGAAGACCUCGGCUUCGACAUCGGCCUCGCCAUGCUGGCCAAGGCCAGCAUCAGCACCGAGAACUUCAGACCCAACUUUGACGUUUCUAUCCCCCUUUUCUCUAAAGAACACCCGAGGACAGGAGGGGAAAGGGGCUACUUGAAACACAACACCAUCCCCCCUUUUAGGAAGUACAUGCUUGUUUUUAAGGGGAAGAGGUACCUAACGGGAAUCGGUUCAGACACUAGAAACGCUUUAUAUCAUGUCCAUAACUCGGAGGAUGUGGUCCUCCUCACCACCUGCAAGCACGGGAAGGACUGGCAGAGGCACAAAGAUGCACGCUGUGAUAAAGACAACACAGAGUAUGACAAGUAUGACUACAGAGAGAUGCUGUACAACUCCACGUUCUGUCUGGUACCUCGAGGACGACGGCUGGGUUCUUUUCGUUUCUUAGAGGCUUUGCAGGCAGCUUGUGUGCCGGUGAUGCUCAGCAACGGCUGGGAGCUGCCCUUCUCAGAGAUCAUCGACUGGAACACGGCAGCUGUGAUUGGGGAUGAAAGGCUGCUACUACAGAUCCCCUCAACAGUUCGCUCCAUCCACCAGGAUAACAUCCUGUCCCUUAGACACCAGACCCAGUUCCUAUGGGAGGCUUAUUUCAACUCUGUGGAGAAGAUAGUACUGACCACACUGGAGAUCAUCCAGGACCGGGUACUACAGCACACCUCCAGGAGUAACCUCAUGUGGAACAGUCUGCCCGGAGGCCUCUUCACCCUGCCUCAGUACUCCACAUACCUGGGAGACUUCCCCUUCUACUACGCCAAGCUGGGCGUGAAGCCGUACACCAAGUUUACAGCGAUCGUUCUGGUGGUGAGCCCGCUGGUCUCCCAGUCCCAGCCGGUCAUGAAGCUGCUCGUGGCCGUGGCCAAAUCCCAGUACUGUGCUCAGGUGAUUGUUCUGUGGAACUGUGACAAGCCUCUUCCUGCCAAGCACCGCUGGCCUGUCACCUCAGUCCCCGUCAUUGUUAUCGAGGGUGAAAGCAAGGUGAUAAGCAGUCGUUUUCUGCCCUACGACACCAUCCCCACUGACGCUGUCCUCAGUCUGGAUGAGGACACCGUGCUCUCCACCACAGAGGUGGACUUUGCCUUCACGGUGUGGCAGAGUUUCCCCGACCGCAUCGUUGGCUACCCGGCCCGCAGCCACUUCUGGGACGGCAACAAGGAGCGGUGGGGCUACACAUCCAAAUGGACCAACGACUACUCCAUGGUGCUGACCGGGGCUGCCAUCUAUCACAAAUACUACCACUAUCUGUACACCACCUACCUUCCAGCCAGUCUGAAGACCAUGGUCGACCAGAUGUCUAACUGCGAGGACAUUCUGAUGAAUUUCCUGGUGUCCUCUGUGUCUAAACUACCGCCCAUCAAGGUCACCCAGAAGAAACAAUACAAGGAGACCAUGAUGGGUCAGAGCUCCCGGGCGUCUCGCUGGGCCGACCCGGACCACUUCGCCCAGCGUCAGACCUGCAUGAACAAGUUCGCCAGCUGGUUUGGCACCAUGCCCCUGGUCCACUCUCAGAUGAGGCUGGACCCGGUCCUGUUCAAAGACCAGGUGUCCAUACUGCGGAAGAAGUACAGGGACAUCGAGAGGCUAUAACCCUCCAAAGCCCCCCCGCUCUCUGGACACCACAAAGACAGAGCGAGGGGGGGGCGGACACAGAGAGAAACGCAGAUCCUUUCAAUGAUCACAUGGCCAGAUCAGUGGAGGAGCAAACAGGGUUCAGGAGGAGAGGAGGAGAAACUGGACCAAAUGUGGAGGACACCUCAUUCACUGGUCUCCUCUCUGCCCGGGGGGGGGUGUAGCUGAGCACACACUGACUACCAGCAGCUGAAGAACAGCUGAGGACUCUAAAACCGCUCUACUUUGGACCGAAGUGGUGGAAGUCACGGAGUUGGACAUCACAGCUCGCUGCUUCUGUGUCCCGUCGGUGGAAAACCUCUCCCGCCUCCGACACGCCGUCUCUUCUGCUCCGUUCACUCUGCACAGCUUCCUGAUGACAGAAUAUUAUUGAUAAUUAUGACUAUGAAGAGGAUAACACUAUUUUGGAUUGUUUUUUUAUACGGUGGAUGAAUGGCCAGCACUACUCUCUCUCUCUGUAUUGUCUUAAUGAAAACCAACAGCAGGGUGGGGGGGUGAAGAGAGGAGCGGCAACCCCUCCACCUGCAGAACUGAGUUAUGAUCUGAUAUAUUCACAGUGCCUCAAGUUUAUCUAACGGCGUUGGGAUGUGGGAGUCUGAGAUAAAGACCGGGUGCAGAAUGAGCACCUUGAUCUCGCUGCUUUGUGUUUUUGUUUUUCAUGAUUUGCUUCAUAACGGAUGGAAUAAUGGGUCUGUAGUCAAUUCUUCAGGUCAGCAUUCACAUUAUAUCCCUUGCUGAAGUGUAAGGAGGAAUUAUUUGUAUUCAACUGACAAACAAAAUGUGCCAUUGUGAACAUUUUGAAUGGUAAAACUACGAGAGUGUUUCACAACUAGCUGGAUUUCACUAAAGUGGGAAUAACUAGAUAAACACAUGAACUGAAUAGAAAUGCAGACGAUUCAAUGGACUCUAUUGUCGAGCAAGAAGUCUUCUUCACGUCUCAUUCAUAAAGGUUUAUACUGUACAUGAUGAGCUAGAGUUGGUACUUGAAUGCGUGCUGGCCUGAAGAACAACAGCAGAUCAAUAGAGUGGCCUUGGUUAAGGGAGGCUGAGCUCGCUAAUCGAGCCAACCGACGGUCUGUUUGAAACACAAACCGCUGUGAAGACGAGGGACUGGAUCAUUUUGGGGUUUAGUUAGCAAGAGAUAUUUAUAUAUAUGGUUAUUGUCUUUAUGCCAUACACCCAAUUUAAUGUUGUCCAGUGACGAGUUUAGCAGGAGCCUCGGCUGACAAGUACCUGACACGGGCUAACGCGGCUUUCAUCGAGGAGCAUCAAACAGCGCUCGAUGCUUUCACACUCCGAGUCGGCUUCACACUAAAGAGACGACUCGUUAUGAACAGAUAUGUCCAGAUUGAAUUCUCACCAAGCAUUUGUGAUCCUGUUAAAAGGCAACAGGGAAGACAUUUUGAGAUGUGCUCUAUUAAGUAAUUAUUCUCUUUUGUGGUAUUUCUUCAACAUAAAUAAUUAGACGCCUUUUAAUUUGCCGAAUGCCAAUUAGUGUCUCUGAUAAUCACAGCCUGAAACAGCCGUUCAUCUCGGAGAGAUUCAGAUCGGUAAAGUGCUGUUGUGCUUGAGGUAAAACCAGGAUGUUCAAGUGUGUCCCAUAACUCAGUAUGUCCCAUGAUUAUUGUCUUGAUCAGUUUCUCCAUGUUAGUCUUCUCGAUCUGUGUCUCAUUUACUGCAAAUCUGUACUUUGAAUGGAAAGUGUCCACAUAUGGAACAUGAAAUAGUUUUUGUUGUUUUUUUACAGCUGGAUCAGGAUGCUAAUUGACUUAUUGGCUAACUGACUUAAACAAUUUCUAAGUGUUUGGUUCCAUCCAACAAUCACGCUCCGUUUUAUUUCUGCCGUGAUGUGUCAAUCAUAUCAGGUUACCUGGACAUGUUAACACAAUUUGAUGAGUUUAGGAUGUUCACCUGCGUUUAUAAAUCACGCUGCAUCGUCUGUUUAAAGUUUUGAUCUGUCCAUGAAGUCUCCGUGUGAAGCCAGCACCAUUUCUAGAGACAUCUAACCACACUGAAGGUUCACAGCUCUGUACCCCUCACCACAACAUGUGCCAAUAGAUUAUAUAUGAGUUUAUAAGGAAUGCCAUGCAUUCACAUUUUUAUUUGGUUCAUUAAAACAUUUCCUGUCUAGAUAUAAGAAAGUAAAAUGUGAGAGAGAGGGGUGGGGGGGGGGCGCUGCAUGGUAUUUUUCACUUCGGCUUGACAGCAGAUAAACAAUCCUACUGUAGUAUUACUAAACGCAGCGCUGUCGAGACAACUGAAUAUGGUCAUAAACAGAAUCACAUUUCAGAAAUGAACUUGGUGCAAUAUUUCAGAUGAUAUUUUCUCUAUCUUUUUCUCUUCUCCUUCUGUAUGUUGUUGUUUCAGAGGGCAGUGGGGUUAUAUAUUGAUGUGCCUUCAGAAGAAAUACACUUUUAUUAGUUUGUUUUUUUCCCAUCUGCGAGAAACAGCUCCCUGUUUUCAUUUCACAGUAGGUUUAUUGUUUUCUUCAUCAAUAUCCAGUAACACAUAACGGCUCCCUAAAUGAUAUAGUUUAACACUGGAAUGCUACGGAGACUCACCCCACAUCUGAUACCCACAUUCCUGCCUUUUCUGUUAUAGGAACUGUUCUUUAAACACGUACUGCCUUGUAUUACUAUACCUACCUGGCUGUCACGAGUAUAGUAAUACAUGUUAACACACACAUGAUUCAAUCACACACAGUAUUUAUCAGACAGGAUGGCGUCCCGACUGAAUCUCUGCCUGCUUCCUUCCCUCUCUUCCGUAACUGCAGACCUAAUUUUAUAGAGAUUAAAAAUGGAAAGAUAGAGGAAAAAUCACAAUUUUGUAAAAGAAUUUUAUAAAAACAAAACAAAAAAAAUCAAUAAAUAAAAUGUUUGAUAUAAA